AGACCAACAGCACUGGCUAAGAUUCUAGGAGUGUACAGGAUUGGUUACAAGAAUUCCCAGAACAACACAGAGAAGAAGUUGGAUCUGCUAGUCAUGGAAAACCUGUUUUAUGGCAGAAAAAUGGCACAGGUUUUUGAUCUAAAAGGUUCAUUGAGGAACCGGAAUGUAAAGACAGACACGGGAAAGGAGAGCUGUGAUGUUGUGUUGCUGGAUGAAAAUCUUUUAAAACUGGUGCGUGACAACCCCCUGUACAUCCGGUCACAUUGCAAAACUGUUCUCCGAGCUUCUAUACACAGUGACUCCCACUUCCUAUCCAGCCACCUGAUCAUUGACUACUCUCUCUUAGUGGGACGGGAUGACACCACUGACGAACUUGUAGUUGGAAUCAUUGAUUACAUCAGAACAUUCACAUGGGACAAGAAACUUGAGAUGGUUGUCAAAUCUACUGGCAUCUUGGGUGGUCAAGGUAAGAUGCCAACUGUGGUAUCCCCAGAGCUGUAUCGGACUCGAUUCUGUGAAGCAAUGGAUAAGUAUUUUCUGAUGGUACCUGACCACUGGACGGGUCUUGGAGGCAACUGCUAGUUCAGAAGACCAGACAUUUUUCCUAGAAGUUAUCUUUACAGCACAAAAGAACUUUAGUCAAUAUUUUCUUCUUAGAUUUUAUCUGUAUCUUUACAGCUUUUUAAUUACAAAUGUAGAAUAUUGAUGGGAUGUGUAAAAACCAAAUUUAAUUGUUUAUACAUAAAGAAAAUUGGGACUUGUUUUACAACACUGUAGAUCUAUAUCUGUAAAUACCUGUUUUGGAAUGAGGACCAUGAGUAAAUGGAAUUCUGUUUUAAGAGAACUUUUCUUGAGUAACAGAAAAUGAUAAUAUGGUGGCUGUUGUGCAGCCAGUAUCUUCAAAUUCCCCAUGUAUAGCUUCAAGAUCGUCUCCUGUAUAUUUAUGUGAGACAUU